UUACCAUCCGAUGAUAAUCAAUAUAAUCCAAUUAAUAAACAAUAUCCACCUCGUUCAUAUGGUUCAUCAUUAUUAAAUCCUCAUGUUUAUGUAAAUUAUGCUUCGGAUGAUUUAAAUGAUGAACAAAUAACUUCUCCAAGUUUACAAUUUACUUGCGAAUAUAAUCCAACUACAUUUAAUAUAAAUUUAAAUAUAAAAAAUUUACGAAAUAUGAAUAUAUUUAAAAGAGCGAUAAAACCAAAUACAUUUAUAUUAAUUCGAUCCAUGUUAUCGAAAUAUAAAAUCAACGAAACAGCAACUAAACCUUUUCAAGAUUAUAUUCAUUUUGGUGAAGUAUUUCCUAUAUUAAAUAAUAUACAUCCAGGAGAUGCAUUAAAUUAUGAAAUAAGAUUUUCUCUCAUACUAAUAAUUGAUCAAAAAACAUAUGAAAUAGCUGAAUCUAUUUAUUCAAUGAAAAAUGACUCAUUAACGUAUAUUUUAUUUAUUGAAAGAACAUUACCAAUGGAUUUAAAACUAGUUGAAAGUAAUACGAAAUAA